UCGCGUCAGUUGGCAACGGCCUGCACUCUGAAACGGACGUGUUUUCUGCUCGAAAUUUUCACAUGAAUUUUCUGAAUAAGCAUUUUUGAGUGGUGUGUGUUUUGUGUGUGUUGGUUGUUGUCUUAGUGUCUUAUUUUGAGUUAUCGCGAUUUGCGUCUAAAAGUGCAAUUAGUGUCGCAAAAAUUGUGUGCAAUGAAUUGAGAAAUUGCCCUGGGACACAAUCCCAAAACCGCAAGAGAUCAGCCAACAAAAAGUGCAUUAAAAUAGUGUUGAAGUAAAACAUUUGAAAAAUUUCAUUGAAUUGAAUUGUGAAUGCUCCAGUGAUCGCUGCUAUAUAAAGAUUUAACAACCGAGCCGACCGCUCACAGAUUUGGAUUCGUUAAAAAUUGAAAAAUCAGCAGAGCAGAUCAGAUCAAAGAGAGAGUUGGGGUUACAAACAGGACAAGGACAAGCCCAAAUCCGCGCCCCAAAUCCGUGCCCGACCCCAGGUCAAAUGCAAUAAGCUGCAGCGACGCAGCGCAACCAAAACCCAAAAGUCCAUAAACAAAGCGACAGUCUAAGCCCCAGGCGAAAGGGAGAGAGAGGAGAAAGGGGAGAAAGCAAAGAACAAACAACAACAAAGUUGGUUGUCAGCAGCCGGCAGAAUUGCUUUCUUGUACUUUGGACACACGUGCGCCGCGGCUGCGCCGUUGACGUCGUCGCCGUCGCCGUGCCCGUUCCCAGUGUCCUUGCCAACGUCAUCGUCAUCGUCGUCGUCGUUGUCCGUUGCAUCCGCAUCCAGCGCAUUGCCAGCGGCUCUGGCGGCCACAAUGAAGCUGUCAAAACUGUCCAACCAGACGAACUCGCAGGAUCCGCAGGCGGUUAACUCGCGCAUCUUUGUCGGCAAUCUGAAUACAUUUCAAUGCUCCAAAACGGACGUGGAGCGCAUGUUUCAAAUCUACGGUCGACUGGCAGGCAUCUCAAUGCACAAGGGCUACGCCUUUGUGCAGUUCACAAAUCCAUUCGAUGCUCGCAACGCUUGUCACGGCGAGGAUGGCAAGACGGUGCUCAGCCAGACCUUGGAUGUCAACAUGGUGGCGGAGCCGAAGGCGCAUCAAAUUGGCCGAAAACGGCAAAACGUUAGCAAAACUGGCAACGAUUGGGAUUACUUCUACGACAGCUACUGCUCCUCGGCUUUGUUGCGCGGCGGUGGCGGUGGAGGGGCCAACGGGGUGCGUCCCAAGAAGCGCAAGCGUCUGAUGACCAACAACAACAGCUUGGCCGCAGCUGUACAACAGCAACAGCAACAACAUGGCUCGCAUCAUCAUAGUGCUGCAGCUGUGGCUGCUGCUGCCGCGGCUGCUGCAGUGCAUCAUCAGCAACAGCAACAGGCGCAAGCGGCACAGCAGCACCAGCAACAUCAGCAACAACAGCAGCAGCAGCAACAUCAUCAUCAGCAGCAAGUGGCGGCUGUUGCCAUGGCGGCGAUGGCAAAUUUGUUGCCACAGCAGCAGUUGUUGCUGCAUCAGCAGAAUCUGUUGUCGAAUGCCGCGGCCGCUGUGGCCACUACGGCGGCAACAACAGCGGCGCCAGCUGCUUUGCACUGGUCGCAAUUCAAACAGGAGCAGCAGCAGCAGCAGCAUAAUCAACAACAACAACAGCAGCAGCAACAGCAACAGCAGCAACAAUUUGCGGCUGCUGCUACGGGUUUCCAGUUGAAGAGCGUCAUCGCUGGACAGUCAACGACAUCGCCGCAGAAUACAAAGUCAGCAAUAAUUGCUAAUCAAACAGCGCUCGUGGAGCCAUACGGUGCCUUCUCCCAGCAGCCGUCGCAUCACCAGCAGCAGCAACAGCAACAACAGCAGCAGCAACAGCAGCAACAACAACAGUUGGGUUGCUUGUUGCAACCGUUGACUUUGGCAUUGUCCCCACAGCAACCGCAGCCGCUACAAUUGCACAGCCAAUUGAUGCAGCAUCAACAACAGCAACAUCAGCAACAGCAACAACAACAUCACCACCAGCAUCAGCAUCAGCAACAACAUCAGCAGCAGCACCAGCAGCAUCAGCAACACCAACAACAACAACAGAUAGCACAGGAGCAAUUAAGUUUGCAUCAACAUUGGGGACCAUUCAAAGUCUACAGCAAUCCGGAUACAUUAAUCUGCGGCAAUUGCAGGGAAUGCUUCAGCGAGCUGUCUGAGUUAUUGGACCACAAGAAAAGUUACUGCAAGCUGAGGUUCACAUGCAAGUGCCAGGACGUGGCCUUUGCAGCAAAGUCGCCGCCAACGAGCGCCAAAUUGCUUUGCGCCGUUUGCAAGGAUGCAUUCGCCAAUCCCUGGGACUUGAUGGUGCACGCACAGGCCGCACACAUGGUUAACAUUUACGAGCUGGGUGAUGAGGCCACCGCCAUCGCCACCAUCAAUGGCAAUGGCAACACCAACAACAACAGCAACAUCCAGAGCAACGGCAAUCCCAGCCCCAGCAACAAUGCAAACGAUGCAACAGCAAUUGCAACAAAUGGACAAGGCAUCGCAACGCCAACGUCAACGGCCGUUGUUGCCACUGUGGCAGCUUCGGCUGCCGCUGCUGCUGCUGCGGCUGAUGAGGCAGCAGCCAUAACAAAGCACAUGCCAACGUCAGCAGCACUUAACAAGGAGCCAAAUAACAAUAACAAAAUUAGCAACAAUAACAACAGCAUCAAUGGACACUUGUCUCCCACAGUCGACAACAUCCCCAUCCCCACAGUUGCAACAUCCCUUGCAACAAAUGGCAUUGAUGUUGCCGCUGACGUUGCUGUUGCUGCUGCCGCUGUUGCUGGCGUUGCCGACGUUGCAGUUACAGGAGCCAACGAUGGUCAUGUCAGCAGCGACACUGAGACGCACUCCAUGGACAUCAAGUUUGCCAUCUGUGGCAGCCCUAAGGAGUGUUUGCAGGAUCAGCAACGCGAUGAUCUGUCGCUCGAUGGACGCCUCUCGAGCAGCUCGCAAACACAUCACUCCGAUGACAUCAACAUGAGCAUCAAGCUCCUCAAUGGUUCCGUUUCCUCGCGUGGCAGCUCUCCUGGCCUGGAAUCGGAUGAGCCGCCGGCAACACGAGCCUGCAUUGUGCGCACUCUGAGCAUUGAGGCAGCUGGAUCUUCAUCUUCGCCCACUGGGAAUCCUUUGAGCCUGAUGUCGAAUGGCCUCAGUUUGGCGCUGGCACCACAAUAAGCCAACAAAUAGUCUAAGGACAUUAGAGUGGAUCUAAACUGAAAGUAUAUACACAAUUUAGAGGAUAUCGUUGUAUGACAAGAAUAGAAGAGCGAUUAGUGUGCAGCUGCAGAUGAAGUAUUCAAAAUACUUGUAUAGCUUUGGGCUUUUGUGUAUUUGGGGAGUGUUAUAUGUAAUCAUGGUGGUGGCUGAUGCAAGUGCAAUUUAUUCAGUAUUUUUGUACUAGACUUAAGCUGAUGAUGAAUGCGUGAAAAUCAGUUUAAACAAAAAGAAAUGAACGUAAAUUACAGCAAAACAUAUCAUUUUAAAAUAGUAAUUAGAUAUUAUUGUAGCUAUAACAAUUACAAACUAAUUACAAAAUACGAGUACGUGUAACUAAUUAUAUGUAUGUCUUGUAUCUUUGUCUGUACUGUCUUUGUUAUUGUGUUCAGCGAAAAGUAUUUUGGGUUUCAAACUGCAUAUGAGAACAUAAAGGUAAAAUAAUGAAAAUGAAAUGAAAAUAUUUAAAAGUAAAGUUCAUGGAUUACGAGUAUAAUUACGAGGCAUUGUGUAGAACAAAAUGAGCUUUGUAAAUAGACAAACUGAAGUUGAUGAAGUGAAGGAAAUAAACAGAGAAAGUCAAGUAAUUAUUGCCCAAGAAACUUAUAUUUUAUAUAUAAUAAUUUAUUUAAUAAAUAUAUAUUAUAUAUUAAACUAUUAACAAGCCAACAACAAUUAUUAUUAUUAUUAUUCAAUAUACGUAAAAUGUAUAUCAAGUGUAGCAUAGUGUGACAACAGGUGUUUCAAAAACAAAAACAAAAACAACCAGAAUAACAUCAAAUAGCCCCAAAGAAUUAUUUAAAGGGCUUAAACAUAUUAUUACAUAAACGCAACGUAUUAAUAUUUAAAAUACAAUUACUAUAUCUAAAUAUAUCUAAAAAUUAUGAAUAACUUACAUAAAACCAUUAUGUACUUAUAUCAAAACUAGCAGCUAUGUAAAUAGAAAUUAGUUAAUACCAAAAAUUGCAAAAAAAAAAGAAAA